ACUCUGAGUGAAACCUAUCUGACGUCACAGCUAACGUCCUGCUGCUAGCAGGAAGUUCACACUGACUUUAUUGUGAAAGAGUGCGAGUGCUGCGUGUUGUGAUGUGUUUAUUGUUGACUGACUGAGGACCGCACAGGAAAACACACUCGUCGUGUGAAAACCAGUCAUUUACCUACUGAAAAACUGUGUGUAAUUCACUUUCAGCGAGGUACGUCAUCAAAACAAAGUGUAAAUCCGUCGCGUUUAUUGCCUUAGCGGAUGUGACGUGGAGCGCAGUCCGUCCGGUAGGAACUUUUCUCAGUUUAGUUUAACGUCCAGGCUUCAGUUCCGUCUUGUUGGGCCGCUGUGGUUUGCUUCCGAACAGGACUGUUUGAUGCAACCACCUCCACAGCAACAGGCGUGUCUGUUUAACACCCAAACUACUGUCCAGCUGGCGGUAAUGUUUUGGUGACGGACAGACGCGUCACUUCCGCUCGGGUUUGAGCGAUGGCCUCUGCCGCCGCAGAGUUCACUCUGAUCGGUCUGUGUGACGGCGAGCUCGACUCUAAGCGGCACCGGUCCUCAUAUCUCACCAACAAAGUCGGCGGCCAGCCGGACUGGUUGCCGGGCAUCUCCCAGCCGCCUCCCCGCUGCGGUCGAUGCGGAGCCGCGUUAGCCCACGUGGUGCAGGUGUACUGCCCCCGGGACGCGUCCCCCUACCACAGAAACCUCCACCUGUUCGCGUGCUCGGGAGCUGAGUGCGGCGGCAGCUCGGACAGUUGGCGGGUGCUCCGCUCGCAGUGUUUGGAGGUGGAGGCGACACCUUGCCGACCUGACCCGGCUCGGGAAGCCCCUUUGUCGGCCACCGACUGGUGUGACGCCGCCGAUGACUGGGGGGUGGAGGAGGACUGGAGGGGAGCGAGGAUGGAGGAGAGCCAGGCUCAAGCGGAGGCGGCGGCCCGUCAGACUGACAUCAGCAGCCAGCUUCAGGAUCUCAGUUUGGGAGCACCCCAGGAGGACGUUCCUAUCCUGCGUCCGUUCUUCAUCAGCGUGGUGGAGGAGUCGGAUCUGGGAGGAGGGGAAGACGACCUGCAUCACGCUCAGCAGCUGCUCAGGGAGUACGAGCGGAGGGAGGGAGUGGCGGUGGCACAGCUGGACGACAAGGUGGGCGGCGGCGGCGGGGAGGAGAAGUACGAGAAGACGGAAGCCCGACAUGGAGACGCCGUCUUCUCCCGGUUCAUGAAGAGGAUUUCGCUGUGUCCUCAGCAGAUCCUGCGUUACUGUCACGGAGGGAAGCCGCUCUUCAUCUCCAAGCCGCCAGCCAACAUGGCGCAGGUGGUGUCGGCGUGCAGCUCCUGCGGAGGACCCAGGUCUUUCGAGCUGCAGUUGAUGCCGGCCUUGGUCAGCCUGCUGCAGAGGACGGACGCAGACGGUGAGGCGGAGCUGGAGUUUGGGACGGUGCUGGUUUACACCUGCACAAAGAGCUGCUGGGCGGCAGGAUCGCAAUCAGCUGUGGAGGAGUUCUGCUUUGUUCAGGCGGACCCCGACCAGCAGCUCUUUAAGUGACUCGCAGGCUAGACGACUAGUCAGAGCAAACAGGAGGACAGACGAGGUGUGGGACGCUGGUGGACGCAGGUUUCAUCUCACGGUCCCCAGAAGAUCAAAAAGCGUGUCACCUGUCAGCAGCGAUGCUCAGGUGUUCUGCAGGGCACUGUGACAUCACAGAGCAGACCAACAGAUCAGUGAGGUCACAGCCACAGAAGAAGUCAGGAUUUAGAGGAUGAGCAUGUCAGAAUGUGGUUAAACCUCUUAACUCAAUCAGAUCUCCACUGAUUUUCACAGAAAAAUACUCAGGACUGCAGCUGACCUUCAUCAGUUCAUCCGAUUAUUAUUUUCACGAUUAAUCCAUUAGGCUAUAAAAUGUCCAAAACCCAAAGACACAAAGAAAAGCAACAAAUCCUGACAUUUAAAGCUGGAAGCAGCAGACGGUUGACUUUUUUAAUGAAAAAUGAUGACUAAUUGAUUAUCGAAAGAGUUGCUGAUUCAUUUUCCAUUGACAGACCAAACUGUUGGAGCUCAGAAAAUCCUUGUGGUUACUGAAAAAGAAGCCAAAUAAUAUAAAAUGUGUGACUAAAUCGUGUUUGCACAGAGUUAUAGUGUGGGCUGACCCUUUAAUGACGCUGUGCUGCUGCGCCGACCUUUGACCUCCCUGUACUGAGCUGUUACUGCUGUGAAGGAAAUGAACUGCUGCUGGCUGGUGCACACAGAAUAAAGUUUACAUCACUGAGAACACAGAACAGCCAUCGUCUUCCUCUGAAGCUUUUCUGUCAUUCAGCGUCUGAAGCUUCACACCAGUCCUGAUCGGAGCUGAGCUCAGGAAGCGUAAACCACACAGACAGACUGGAAAUGAUCAGCUGAAGGACUUUGGUUUCUUACUGGACCUAAAAUAGACGUAUUCGUCACUGAGCCAAUAAAUACCGACCGUCUGA